AUGCCUUCACUAUUAAUGUUUUUAUAUGUAUUCUUAGGCUUGUUUUCGCAAACGCCAGCAUUGUUUUAUCCAUAUCCUCGUGUGAAACUUGAAGCGAAGACUGGUGGUGACGCUGGGUCACCUCUAUUUUUAACACCCUACCUGAAAAAUGGAUCCGUUCAACUCGCUCAAAACCUAUCAAGAGUAGCUCUGACGGAACUCCUAGCUUAUCCAAGUUACGCCGGCUUUUUCACUGUAGAUGAAACAUACAACUCGAAUCUGUAUUUUUGGUACUUUACGCCAUUCUCCAAAAAAGCGGACGCGCCAGUGAUCCUGUGGCUCCAAGGAGGUCCUGGAGGUAGCUCUCUUUUCGGCCUAUUCACUGAAUUGGGCCCACUGAUAGCUAAGAAAAAUGGGUUCAGACUGAGGAAAUAUCACUGGGCAUUGGAAAAUCAUGUAAUUUUCAUUGACAACCCUGUGGGAACAGGCUUUAGCUUUACACAAAAUGAGAAAGGAUAUUGCACUAAUGAGACUUGCAUAGCCAAAGGCCUGUACAGUGCGCUACAACAAUUUUUUACUCUCUUCCCAAAUUUAAGAAAUAAUACGUUUUGCAUUGCUGGGGAAUCAUAUGCAGGGAAAUAUGUGCCUGCAUUGGCCAUGGAAAUCCACCAUCAAAAUGCAAAUGGUAAUGAGGCACCAAUUAAUCUCAAAUGUUUAGCAAUGGGCAAUGCAUAUUGCGAUCCGAUAAACCAAAUGGAGUAUGGAAAAUAUCUUUAUGAACAUGGUCUCAUUGAUGACAAUCAAUUAGUUGUUUUUGAGAAAUUGCAAUCCAAAAUUGCUAUUGAAAUAAAAAAAAAUAACUGGGAGAAUGCAGAUUUCUUAAUGGAUAAGCUCAUGGAUGGGGCAGUGACAAAUUUCUCAUAUUUCAAAUCUUACACUGGUUUUCAAGACUAUUACAACAUCUUGAAAACAAAAAAUGUAGAUGACCUAUCUGUGUUCACAGAUUUGUUACAAAAUGACAAAUUGAGAGAUAUUGUGCACGUUGGUGGCCUACCAUUCAAUUCUGGUGAAGAAGUCCAGAUAAAUCUAGCAUUUGAUAUACUGAAAUCUGUAGCUCCUUAUGUAGCCGAGUUGCUAUCAUACUAUCCCAUAAUGUUUUACAAUGGUCAGCUGGACAUCAUAGUUGCAUAUCCACUGACUGAGAAUUUCUUACGUAAAUUGAAUUAUUCUUCAGCAUCAGAAUACAAAAUAGCUAAAAGAAAAAUAUGGAAAGUCGACAAUGAAAUAGCAGGGUAUGUAAAAAAAGCUGGCAAUUUGACAGAAGUUUUGGUUCGUAAUGCUGGACACAUGGUACCUCAUGAUCAACCAAAUAUAGUGUGUGUAGUGGAGCUCACUUGCGUGGUUCUUGGUGCGACCGCGGAGGCACGCCCAGCAGCAGGCAGUGCGUGGGCGUCAGCGAGGUGCAGGCCAGUACGGGGCGGGCCCCGCCCGUCCCCGCGCUCACCCAGCGGGCCAGUAUGCCCACCCAACCCGCGCCCCGUAACCACCCCGCCCCACUCCCGCCCUGUACCGUACACGGAUCACGUCAGCGAGGUGCAGGCCAGUACGGGGCGGGCCCCGCCCGUCCCCGCGCUCACCCAGCGGGCCAGUAUGCCCACCCAACCCGCGCCCCGUAACCACCCCGCCCCACUCCCGCCCUGUACCGUACACGGAUCACGUCAGCGAGGUGCAGGCCAGUACGGGGCGGGCCCCGCCCGUCCCCGCGCUCACCCAGCGGGCCAGCCAGUACGGGGCGGGCCCCGCCCGUCCCCGCGCUCACCCAGCGGGCCAGUAUGCCCACCCAACCCGCGCCCCGUAACCACCCCGCCCCACUCCCGCCCUGUACCGUACACGGAUCACGUCAGCGAGGUGCAGGCCAGUACGGGGCGGGCCCCGCCCGUCCCCGCGCUCACCCAGCGGGCCAGUAUGCCCACCCAACCCGCGCCCCGUAACCACCCCGCCCCACUCCCGCCCUGUACCGUACACGGAUCACGUCAGCGAGGUGCAGGCCAGUACGGGGCGGGCAAUAAUUGA